CGACUGGAGACCGAGGUGUCCGAUCCCCAGAGCGGCUCCUGGGCUUCUUCCUCGCCAUGGCGUUUGGCGGCGGUUGGUGGGGACGGGCCGCGGCGCGGGCCAGGAGAGCCGGCGGGCUGCUAAGGGGAGAGGCCUGGCCGUGGCUACGGAGGCCGGCGAGGCCCAACUCCGGACGCGGCGCGCCACUCCCGCCCGCUUCGGAACUGGACAAGGCAGACGCCUGGCUACUCCGCAAGAGUCACGAGACCGCCUUCCUGUCCUGGUUUCGGAAUGGGCUGCUGGCCACGGGCAUCGGCGUGAUUUCCUACAUGCAGAGCGACAUGGGGCGGGAAGCGGCCUACGGCUUCUUCAUCCUCGGCGGGAUCUGCGUCUCGUACGGCAGCGCCUCCUACUUCGUCAGCCUCCUCCUCCUCCGUCGCACCAUGAUGCUCUCCUUCUCGGCCGCCCUCUUGAACUCGGCCGCCGUGGUGAGCGUGGCUCUCUUCUGGCUCUGCGCCAUCUCCCUCUACAUCGGCCGGCUGGAGGUGGAGAUCAUCCAGGAGGACGUCGGCGAGAAGAGGAAGGAGAACGGCAAGGCCGAAAAAUGAAGGGCUGGAGCGGCUCUUCAGGACUCGACGAGACAACCGUACGGACAAUUCGGAAGGGACAGCUCCACGGUGGUUGGGUCGGAGGGGACCACGGAAGAAGGAAGGAAGGAAGGAAAGUUGGCUAGUUCUCCUGAACGCGAGAGACAAGUGGAAGGAAGCGUGGGGCUUUCAACUAAUUUCAGAUUUAUCGGCUGGGAGGGCAAGGAAGGAAGGAAGGGGCUCUGCAACCUUCCUUGGAGCAAAUGUUUGCUACUCGGGAGCAUGAAUCCUCGCUACUUAAGGAUCUUUGACGCUUUUCAUGAGUGGGCCUGCUUUGCAAAACCCUCUCUGCUUUGACUCUGCUUUCUGGUUUCAGGGGUGUGUGUGUGUGUGUGUGUGUGUGUGUGUGUGUAUAAAAGCCCAUUUUCUGGAUGUCUUCUGCAUAGCUUGCCUUGGCUUGGCCAUUCUCGCUUAUACUCCAGACUCGUUCUCCGUUUCGUUUCUGUCGUUGGGCCGGCUGGUGCUCUGAUUAGUGGACAUUUAGAUUAAAGACCCUCAAAGAAAGUUGUGUAUUUUCUAGGGUAUUUUUUUAUGUGUGGGUGGGUGGGAGAAGGGAGCGGGAGGGGGGGCUGUUUUGAAGGUGCAUUUGGGAAAUAAUAAUUGCCAUUAUUCUCACCUGCAAGGGAGAUCUUCAGGUGGGCAGAGGGAGCCUUGUGGUUCGCUGGCAACAGGUGUAGACGGCUGAGGUCUCGGAGAGCGAGGACUCAAAUGAGGGGCCUGCGUGUGAUGCAGGAAUUGGGCCAGGACCAUCAGGGAGUGGAGUGCUGCCUUCGGAGAUGGUGGAGGCUGGCAGCAGUGAGGAAGAGCACCCCGAGGAGCCUGUGCCUAAUGCACAUGCGCAGUGCUGCUCAAAGGAAAGAGCAUCUGCAGCAGCACGGACCACUUAAGAGUAAGGCUGCAAGGUGAUGGCCCCUCCCUUAAGGGAUAAAAGCCAGCCCUCAGAGGUGGGACUCUUUGCAGGAAGCAAAGAAGUUUCCAGCCCUUGUGGAAGUUUGACUCUCCUGGUCUGUGUUGGUGACUUUUGGUUUUGAUCAUUUCCUUACGAUUUAGUGUUCUUGGCAGCCUUUUGCUCUUAUC